UAAAAAAAUUAUUAAAAAGAAAAAAAGAACAGAGGUCUGUCUAUGCGUCUCACGUUGUAAGUAAAAUAUAGCAAUAGUUUGGGAGAAGCUGCAGAAUCAUAACAACUUAAUCAAACAAGAGUUUGUUUCUGUUUAUCCAAUGAAUUGAAGAUCGCUUUAUUAGUUUCUGCUAAAAAUGUCUCCUCGUAUCUCCUUCUUCAUUCUUGCUUUGACAUUGUUUCUUGCUGUCGCUUCUUCAGAUAUCGCCACUCCUGCAAAAGGUCCACCAGCUCCAUUCGCUUACUAUGGACCCAGAGGAGCUCCCAGAUGGGGAAGAUUGAGUCCACAGUACUCAGCUUGCUCAAAAGGGAAGAUUCAGUCUCCUAUAAAUAUCAACAGGAAUGAAACUGUUCAUAAUAAAAAUUUGAAGCCCUUGAUCAGAGAAUACAAACCUGCAAAUGCUACUCUCGUCACUAGUGUCUGCAAUAUUGGGGUGCAGUAUGAGGGAGACUGUGGAGUGUUAACAAUGGAUUCUAAAAAUUACACCCUCAAGAAAAUGCACUGGCAUUCUCCUUCUGAGCAUCGUAUUAAUGGAGUUCGGUAUCCCCUGGAGCUUCACCUAGUCCAUAUGGGAGAAAACACCGCCUACUCUGUUGUUGCAAUCCUCUACCAAUAUGGCAGUCCUGAUCCUUUCAUUGCAAAGCUCAAGGACAGUUUGGACAAGCUCACCAACGAGGUUAAAGCAGGUGAACAAGACGCUCACAUCCCCUUAGGAAUCCUAGACACUAAGCUUGUAGGGAAAAGAACUCGCAAAUAUUACAGAUACAUGGGUUCUUUUACAACUCCUCCAUGCACUGAGAAUGUGGUCUGGCACAUCCUUGGCAAGGAGAGAACAGUAACGAAGGAGCAGGUUGAAGCUCUAAAAGCUCCAUUGGGUAUAGCUUACAAGGUAAAUGAAAGACCUCUACAGCCCCUUAAUGGAAGAAAGGUUGAGCUUUACAAAGAAUUUCGGGUGCCAAAACCAUAAGUGUUGUACGGCUGCGAUGGUGAUUCUGUUAAGUAGUUUAGUUAAGAGUAUCUUCUUCACAUUAUGUGAAUUGUGUCUGAAAUCUGAAGCUCUAAGUUGUCUCAGAGUAUUACUUGAACUGUUGUAGUCUAAUACCUUGUUUGGUCGAAAAACUCAAUCAGAGAAGUUGAAAUUUGAAGUGUGAAAAUUAUUUUUAUUUA